UCAUCAACAUCAUCAUCAUGUCGAACAUUGUCGAUCGUAUCGUCGAUGAUGUUCCAACAUGAUGAAAAGAAGAAAAAAAAUUCAUUCUUAAAAACAAGUAAACAAAAUGUAUGAGAGUAUAGAGCAUCAUCGUAUCAUAAAAUUGAUCGAAAAUUAAAUUGAAUGAGUCAAACAAAAGAGAAAGUAAAUUUUUCGUGUCCCCGAAGUUCGUAUACUCAUCAGUCGUUCUUUCUUUCUCUCUCUUUCCUUUCUAAAUUAGCUCCGAGUUACAUUGGAUUGUUGCGUUUCAUUUUCAUUUGUUUUGGUUUUAUCAUCCAUUCACAUUCAGAUAUAUAGUGAAUUUUUUUUUGUAUAAAACCAAUCGGUAUGAAAUUCUUCCGAUAUGUAAAAAAAAAAUGUAAAUUUUGACCAUGAAAUCUACCACCGCCAGUUUAAUACACCAACACACAUAAAUUUAAAAUAAAACCAAACAAAAGUAAAAGUUGACAUUCGACUUGUUUUAUUGUCACGCACAUAUGUAUGUAUGAAAUCAGUGCAACUAAAAUUCCGUAAUAGGAAAUUCAUCAAGAUGCAACAAGUACUUUACUCAAUCGGUCGCUAAAGAAAAAAAAAACUUUUAAUGACGAAUCCACAUACAUCAUAUGCAUACACAAACACACACAUAAAUAUAUCUUCAUUAUUUGAAAAGUGGUUUUUUUUCCAAUUUCAUGUUAUAUAGUGUGUGAUGGUCCAUUGAAAUGUUUUUAUAUGGAUGUGUAUUGCAUAGUGAAUAGUUUUUUUUUGAGUAAAUUUUUUGUAAGAUUCAUCGAGCAUUUAAACUUAUAUAUAUUGAUUUAUCCUUCACAACAACAUAACAAAAUAACAUCCAUCGACAACCAUCCUAAGCAUCGUCAUCAUUAUCAUCAACAUCAACGACGACAACAACAGCAACAACAAACUUUUUCAUCCAAAAAAAUUUGGUGAAAAUGGUGAAAAAAUUACGAUUCUUUAAGAUCAUCUUGGAUGAUGAAAGCCUUUUAUAUUUUCCCGGUACAUUUCUUACCGGUAAAGUUGUACUCGAAUUGGAUGAUGAUAUGCCCAUAGUUGGAUUAUUCUUUCACAUAAUCGGUGAAUGUGUUGUUCGAUUAGUCGGUAGUGGUGGUAUCGUUUCUGGUGAUAAAGAAAAUUAUAUUGAUUUUAGAAUGAGAUUAUUGGGCGAUAAUCUAACCAGAGUUGACACUCAAAGUACAUUGAAUUUGAAUGCAUCGAUGAGCCGUUUGUUAGUGUUAUCGGCAGGCGUUCAUACAUUCCCAUUUCGAUUAGGAUUACCAUUAGGAUUGCCAUCAACAUUCCUUGGCAAACAUGGUUGGGUUCAAUAUUUUUGCAAAGCAGAACUAAGAGAUCCAAAUGGAAUGGUACAUAAAAAUCACCAAGUAUUAAUCGUAAUGAAUCCUAUCGAUUUGAAUCAAGAGCCAUCGUUAUUAACACAACCAUUCCAUAGUGAAAUCGAAGAAAAGUUAGGAUUUCUUUGUUUUUCUAAUGGAAAAAUCAUCUGUAGGGUACGAUUAGAUCGUGGUGGUUAUGUUCCUGGCGAAAGUAUUUCGAUAAAUGCCAAUAUUUAUAACAAUAGUUCAAUAAAGAUUCGAAAAUCAUGUGCAAUUCUUACUGAGACCAUACAAUAUACAUCGAAAAAUCGAGUUAUUCAAAGCGAAGUACGUGAACUAGCAUCAGUUGAAAGAGGUAAAAUCGAACCAAAAUCGAGUGAUCAAUGGAAAAAUGAAUUACUAUACAUACCACCAAUACCUCCGACAAAUCUUCGUGGAUGUAACCUGAUUCGAAUUCAAUAUGAUGUCUAUUUCAUGGUAGUUGCAAAAGGAACACGAAAAACAAUCAAACUUCAAUUACCGAUAUUGAUGGCUACAUAUCCAUUAAGAAAUUCAGAUGGAACAUUACAACGUAAAAAAGGCACCUAUUAUCCAUCAACAUUACCAAUGUCCAGAUCAUGGCUGAAUUCGGAUACAAAAAUUCGAUCAAAAUAAACAUUUUUGAUUGAUAAAAAUUUAACACCAAGUGAUUGUUCAAAUUGUUUAUUUGUUAUUGUUACUAACGUUGUAUUUAAUCAAUAGAACAGGAUUAAUUGGCAAGAUAAUUU